AUAUUGGCAAUGUCCAUUUUACUAAAGUAUAUUUCAUCCUAAGAGUGGAUUGCUCUUCGAAUCAUUAUUCGUAUCUUUAACAAAUUCUCACGAAUUCCCGUCUUUCGUUUUCUUUUGGAAAAGUUAGGCGUAUAUUUAAUUGUUUUUUCCUUUAACAUAAUAUUUUACCGCUACAGUAAUUGAAGAAAAAUGUUCGGACCAGGGGCUGCUCCGAUUGUGGUAUUAAGUCAAAAUACGAAACGAGAUACUGGUCGAAAAGUUCAGAGAGAGAAUAUACAAGCCGGAAAGGCAAUUGCAGAUGUUAUUAGAACAUGUUUGGGACCACAAGCAAUGUUGAAAAUGUUGAUGGAUCCAAUGGGAGGUAUAGUCAUGACCAACGACGGAAAUGCCAUAUUACGUGAGAUAACAGUACAACAUCCUGCUGGGAAAUCUAUGAUAGAAAUAGCUAGAACCCAAGAUGAAGAAGUUGGAGAUGGUACUACAUCAGUUAUUGUGUUGGCUGGAGAAAUUUUAGCCACUGCUGAACCGUUUCUUGAACAGAAUAUGCAUCCUACAAUUAUAAUAAGAGCAUUUCGUCAAGCUUUGGAAGAUAUGGUGGCUAUUCUUAAUGAACAAGUUAGCAUAGAUCUGGACAGCAAUGACAGAAGUAAAUUGAUUCAGGUUAUUAAUUCCUGUGUGGGUACUAAAUUUAUUGGACGUUGGUGUGAGUUAGCAUGUCAGAUUGCUUUAGAUGCAGUUUACACCGUUAUGCUUGAGGAGAAUGGCAGAAGAGAAAUAGAUAUAAAACGUUAUGCAAAGAUGGAAAAAAUCCCUGGUGGCACUAUUGAGGACAGCACUGUCCUUAAGGGAGUGAUGUUCAACAAAGAUGUCACUCACCCAAAAAUGAGAAGACAUAUUAAGAAUCCAAGAAUAGUUUUGUUGGAUUGCUCCUUAGAAUAUAAAAAGGGAGAAUCUCAAACCAAUAUAGAAAUAAUGAAAGAUACAGAUUUCACCAGAAUUUUGGAAUUGGAAGAGGAGUUUGUUAAGAAAAUGUGUGAAGAUAUUAUAUCUGUAAAACCUGAUGUGGUAAUCACUGAAAAAGGAGUAUCAGAUUUGGCACAACAUUAUCUUGUCAAAGCUGGUAUUUCUGCUAUCCGUAGAUUGAGGAAAAGCGACAUUAACAGAAUUGCAAGAGCUUGCGGUGCAACUGUUGUUAAUCGUACGGAAGAAUUGAGAGAGGAAGAUGUUGGUACCAGAGCUGGUCUUUUCGAAAUUAAAAAACUUGGGGAUGAAUACUUUUGCUUUAUUACAGAAUGUAAAGAUCCUAAAGCAUGCACCAUAAUUUUGAGAGGUGCUAGCAAAGAUGUAUUAAAUGAAACUGAAAGAAACUUACAGGAUGCACUUCAUGUUGCAAGAAAUCUUCUCAUUGAACCUAAAUUAGUACCAGGUGGAGGAGCUGUGGAAAUGGCAGUAUCAAGACUUUUAACAGAAAAAGCAGCAAGACUUGCAGGUGUAGAGCAAUGGCCUUACAAAGCUGUGGCACAAGCGCUAGAAAUAAUUCCAAGAACGCUUGCACAAAAUUGCGGGGCAAAUACUAUUAGAACUUUAACUGCAUUACGUGCAAAACACGCCACCGAAGGAAUGACAUGGGGUAUUGAUGGAGAAACAGGUCAAUUGGUGGAUAUGAAGGAACGUGGUAUUUGGGAGCCUCUAUCUGUGAAAUUGCAGACAUAUAAAACGGCUAUUGAAACUGCUAUUUUAUUGCUAAGAAUUGAUGAUAUUGUAUCAGGAAGUAAGAAGAAAAAGUCAGAAAAUGAACCUGCCCAACCUGCACAAGUCUCAGAAGAAUCUAUGAAAGAUUAGAAAUAUUAAUAUUUAUAUUGUACUUGUAAUGCUUUUAUUUGUUAAUAUUUCAUAAUUCAUGAUAAUUUUAUUGAAACUUAAUACAUGUUUAUGAAACACUGUACGCAUUUUCAUAAUAAUAAAAAUACUUCAAUAAG